AUGUCGACCAUUAUGCGGACUCUCCGCAAUCUGCGGAGCAUCGGCUUGAAGGAGUACGGCCACCAACUGCAUUAUAUCGGCGACACCAAGCGAGGCACCCUCGUGGGCAUUGACCGCUACGGUAACAAGUACUUUGAGAACUUGGAGGAGGAAUUGCCACUGCGGACACGUUGGGUAGACUACAAGGACCAUGAAUUCGACCCGUCACAAAUAGAGCCAGGCUGGCACGCCUGGAUGUCAUACAUGGUCGACAAGUCACCGGCAGAAGACAAGCUCUUGCAGCGUUCGAUACGAGCGUGGGAGCCAGAAAAACACGUUCCUGUGAUGUCCGCAUCAAGGAGUGCUUUCAAAACGUUCAGCACGACCAAGAACAAGUACCAGCCAUGGACACCGAUUGCAGCGCCCCGGUGA